AUGCACGUUUCAAAUAGUUCAUCGACCUCGACCAAUAAUAUUACUACUACUACUACUAAUAAUAAUAAUAAUACAAAAGUAUAUUUAACAUGUGAACAAACAGAUAAAUUACGACAUAUAUUAGAUCGUUCGAUUCCAAUAUGUCCAUCACCACCAUCAUCAUUUCCAACAUUAAAUAUAACACCACGAAAUUUUCUUCGACAAGUCUUAUGUAAAUUAAAAGAAUAUUCAAUCGACUUAACAAGCAUUCGUAUAAAUGGUGGUGCUGCAUCCUAUGUACUUGUUAAUGAUUCAAAUUUUGUCUAUCGUGAUAUUGAUAUAUUAAUACAUAUCAAGACUCCAUUGUCAUCGGAACAAAAAACAAAAUUAUUUUCAUCCAAUAAUGAACCCUAUCUAUGUGAUGUAUGGACAAUUAUUAAGUGUAUUGUAUCUUCAUGUUUAUUAGAACAUAUAACAGAUGUAAAAGCAAAUCAACAACAAUCACAGCAAUACACGCAUCAUUAUUUGUCAAAUGUUCUUGAUACAUAUGCAAACAAGAAUAUUAAAAUAUCGUCCGAACAAGAUUCAUGGGCAUUAUUAUCUUUACAAAAUUAUGCCGGACAGAAUCUUGAAUUGAAAUUUGUUGAACAUCUUAAACGACAAUGGCAAUUUAGUGUUGAUUCAUUUCAAAUUAAUCUUGAACCUCUACUCAAUGAAAAACAAACAAAUAAUCACUCAAAUCGUAAAUUAUCGCAUAUUUAUAGUUGUUCAUCAAUAUCGUCGAUAACAAAAACUAUUAAAACGAAAAAUCUAAUCAUUGAUGCGAUUAAUGGUUUAACAAUAAUUAAAAAAGAUUAUGAUGAUGAUAAUGAACGAAAUGAUUCAAAAAAUAGUAAUGAAAAAAAUCAUCAAAAUAAUAUUCCAGUAACAAGUACAAGUCCAUUACGAUUUGGAUUUUUUACACCACCAUCAUCAUCGCCGGAUACAAUCGAAGAAGAAAGUAAUACUAUUGAAUGUCAAACAUUGGCUACUAUUACAACAAUUUCAACGUCCAAUAAUAACAAUACUAAUUCUAAUCUUGAAUCUCGUUCACGUAUAUCCAAAGCGUCAAUAUCGACAAUAAACGAAGAAUCAACAGAUACUACACUUCAAUUUCAUCUUUCAUUAAACGAUGAUACUGAUGAUGGUAUUGUUUUGGAUGCUGAUGAUUCAGUUAAUGAAGAUGACGACCAAGUAUUUCGUACGCCAAUUAAUAAUAACAGUGCACCACCUAGUCCAGCAACAAUUGUUGCUAUUGAAUUACCAUCGUCUCCACCAGUCAUCGAAGUUUAUACCGGUUAUAGAGACUUACAUCAAGCACUUGAUCAUUUGAAUAAAAAACUAAUUGCAACCUACGCACCUGAAAGCAUGCGUGGUGGUGGUUUAUUAAAAUACUGUGAUUUAUUAGCACAAAACUAUAAGCUUCAUGAUGUAACAGAUAUGCUUCGUAUGCAACGAUAUAUGUGUUCAAGAUUUUUCAUUGAUUAUAAAACCAUACAUGAACAAAUGCAUGUCAUAACACAAUAUGUUACAACACAUUUUUUGCCAUUAUCCUUGACAAAUAGUGAUCAAUCAACAAUGUCAGAAGCACAGCAUCGAGAUCACCAUCAAAAUUUAAAAUCAUCCACAACACCAAAUAAUCAUCAAAAUAAUAUUAAUAAUGUCAGACUUUGUUUAUUAUUUUUUGAUCAUCUAUUUCAUGUUAUACAACACGGUACUGUUUGCUUGACACAUCAUGAUAAAGAGUCAACAUUAAUCAAUAUAAAUCACCUUAAAGAAUAUUAUCAUUAUAAAUAUGAACAUUUAUUUGUGGAUGACAACUAUCAUCAACAACGGUAUCAUUCACAUCUACAUCAUUAUCAUCAUUGUUCGAGUUCAUCAUCCAAUUCCAGUCGAUCAUCCUCACCAUCGAGUUCAUCGUCGAAUUCGUUUAGAUAUUAUCGUCCCAAUCACAAUCACAAUCAUAAUAAUCAGCGUCAUCAAAACUCUUACUUUCGAUAUCACAAUACCCUUCAACGACAAACGACAAAUUCGUUAUCCUAUCAUCACGGAUCUCGAAAUUAUUCAAAUGAUUUUCAUGCAAAUCAAGCAAUGGUAACCAAUCAUAAUUAUCACAAUCAACGUCGACACCAAACGUAA